AAUAAGAGGAAUUAAUCCCGGGUAUUUAGGAGAAUAUUUUUGGAAACUUUAGGCGCACAGGUCGGUUCUUUAACUGGAGUUAUUUUAGUGAACUUUGGGAUUUCACCAGAAGCUCGAUCAGACAGGACAGAGGUCUUUCAGGACAGAGGUGUUUGGUGUAGUUCUUACAGAAAGAGGGGGUAAGAAAGAGAAGAUGGCGAAUAAAGGGUUGCAGUUGCUGGGCUUUGUUCUGGGAGUUAUAGGGCUGGUGGCUCUGGUAGCUGGUACUAUCAUGCCCCAGUGGCAGAUGUCGGCAUAUGUUGGGGACAAUAUUAUCACUGCUGUAGCCAUGUACCAGGGGUUGUGGAUGUCCUGCGCCUUCCAGAGUACCGGCCAGAUGCAGUGCAAGAUCUACGAUUCAAUGCUGCAGCUCAACAGUUCUCUCCAGGCCACUCGUGCUCUGAUGGUUAUUUCCAUCCUUCUGGCCGUGAUCGGACUGGGUGCUGCUUCCAUGGGCAUGAAGUGCACAAACUGUGGUGGUGAUGACAAAGUAAAGAAGUCUCGCAUUGCCAUGACUGGAGGAAUCAUUCUCCUUCUGGGAGCUUUGUGUGCCAUCAUCGCCUGCUCGUACUUCUCUUACCAGAUCAUCCGGGACUUCUACAACCCCUUCACCCCUGUCAAUACAAAGUAUGAGUUUGGAGGGGCCAUUUUCGUGGCUUGGGCUGGUUCUUUCCUGACACUUCUUGGUGGUGGCAUGCUGGCUGGAUCCUGCUCUAAGCGCCAGUCCAAUCCCAGAUACCCGAACAAGAGUCGGCCCCCCAGCAGCUCAAAGGAAUAUGUCUGAGUGCUAUCUUAUGCCUUGAACAUCAGGAAUAGCAAAAGCUCAGGCUAGUAGAAGUUCCUCUGACAGGCUGAAGAUAUCAGUAGAUCAGUGGGACAUUUUGCUGGCUUGCUGCGAUCAAUUUUUAAACUAUACAUGUUGCUUCCAUUGUUUUGGUGCCUUUUCAUUUUUUAUCAUGUUUUUUACCAUUUGCAUUUUAGCAUAGUCCCUCUGUAGGUGGUGUGAAACAGCUUUUUAGACUGAGCUUUGAGUUGUGUUGCACUCGGCGGAAAUUAUCUGACUUCUCUAGUAGCUACUGUACAUGUUACUGCUUUUAGAUGAUCCAAUAGCACCCAUAUUUCUCCUCCUAAGAGUCUGUACAUAAAAACUGUUACAAAACCUUUACUGUUACCAAAUUUGUUACCCAAAGCUUUUAGUGACUUGUCACUUCCAUAUUUUCUCUUUGAACAGUCACGUUCUAGUUUAAGUUCUUGUUUGUUCCCACACAGUGAUGCUUAUCAAGCUUUUACAACGAAAUGUCAUUUUAUAAAACGUGUCCUUUUUUCACAUUGGUCACAUUCCUGCCAUUCCAACCUUCCCAAAAAUGUAUUCUUACACUGAUAACACUAAGGUAGGAUUGACCUUUUAAAGAAAAGUGGUCUAUUUUUAAAAGAUUUGGUGUGUUAGAUGUGGAUUUGGCUUUACUUUUGUCUAGUUUCUCCUUGGCCUGCCUCUCCAUUUCUUACACAACCCCACUUUUUAAAAUGUUUUAUAAUUUUAUGCAAUUAAAUUGUAUGUAAAUAAACUAGACU